GCCGCUGAAACUUCACGGCAGCCAUUAGGAUGGGUCCACAAUGCUGGCACGUGGAUCCUCGCACAUGUUGACGCUCGUAAACGGUCGAGGGAGGAAGGCAGCUCAAGCAAAGCCUUGAAGAGGGGUCGGGCUGCGAGGUUGUGUCAAAGCGGAGGCUGGGCGCCCCGAUGAUGCUCCAGCGACGGCAUGAGGACUGACGGAUCUGCGUGACCGACAGGGAUAUUCUUGAUUGUCCGCUUUUUUGGCAGCUGCAUCACAAAUAUUUGAGUGAUGCAGUCUCAAGGAAGUACCUCCACCCAGCCCUCCUUUGACUCUAUUGGUUCCAGUGACGGCCUCCUGUUCAGUGAUUCGGAACAGGCGGAGGAAGACACGGACGUCUUUUUGACAGACAGCUCUUCUUCUGUCAUCAUCUGUGGCACAAGUGGGGCUACAACCAAAAGAGAGGAUGAAUCCGAGAGCUCCAGGUCCCAAUGGACUUGUGACAGCCUCACAGAUAAAGAAGAGGAGUCAUGCAAGUCUGAGAGUGUUGGCAAAACAUCUCACAUUGGCGAGAUGGAUUCUAUGGGCAAGACACCAAAAUCACAGGGAGAUCUGCUGUUUGCUCAGAAGUGUGCUGAGCUGCAGGGUUUUGUUAGGCCCCUUCUGGAGUUGCUGAAUGGACUGAAGAAGGGUCGAUUCGACCACGGGUUAAGUAGUUUUCAGCAGAGUGUUGCCAUGGAUCGCAUCCAGAGGAUUGUGGGAGUUCUACAAAGACCAGAUUGUGGGGAGAAGUAUCUGAAUACUCUGCUCCAGGUGGAAAUGAUGCUAAAGCUUUGGUUUCCACAAAUCUCUGCUCAGCCUGUGUGCACAGCUUCAACCAUCUCCAAAUCUUCAACUCAUUCCCUCCAGGAACCUUCUGGCUCCACCCCGCCACAUAAGCACAAGGAUCAGCUACAUAUUCCAGUCAAGAAGCGGAGACUCAGUUGGACUGACGCAGAAUCCCCCACACCUUCUCCAGUUCUUAGCAAGAACCCUCGAAUUAGCGCUGAAGAGAGGGGGGUGAAGCAUAAUCAAGAUGUAGGGGAUUUGCCCAUCUCCUCUACACUAUUGGUGUCUGAUACCAACCAACGUUUGGCACAUCUGGGAAAUGACAACCAGCGAGAUGACAUGAAGAGCAUAUUCAGCCAGAGGAGGGAGCCUGACAAGAUCUUGAAUUACAAAGCAGGCCAGAGCUCUGAACCAAGCCUGACGUGGGUGCACAUCACUCCCAUUUUGUCCCCACGAAAGUCCUGCUUCUCUCAUACUGACACAGCCACCGCCAGCAGCAACGGAAGAAUCCUUACAAGCAAGAUAAGCAGUCCUGCCAUGCAAGACAGCUUCAUCUCCUCCACCACACCCUCAAAUCAUACCAACAAUCAGAAGAAGCCAGUCUUGUGCCAAAGCCAGUCUGUGGCUGACAAGCAUAGUGACGGGGAGACAACUCACAGUCAUCAAGGUCAAAGCCAGUCUCCAAUUGUUACGCUGAAAUCUUUGCCAGAGGUGUGUCCUGCCAUCUUAGAGACAUGAUGUGUUGACCACAAAAAGAGCCAGCAGCCCACGUUUUUUUACACCAAACUUAAAGUGGCUGUGACAGGAAGGAAGAAGGAAACCAGCUGGUGGUCUGUCGUCUUUACGUAUGCAUUUCUUGUGGAAAAAAGGAAAGAAUUGUUGUUCAUUUAUAUAAUGGAUCCAACCUCAUCAAUGCCACAUGUAAAACUGUUAUUUCAAGCUGGGCAUACAUGUGUUAAACCCAGUAAAAUCCAUAAAAAUGUUUAACAUGGAUCAGUAAAAAUCCAAAUUUGCACAAUAACAGAUGUGGUUAAAGGUUCAAGAGGACAAAGAAGUUUGGACUUGAAGUUAUGAUUGGAAAUGACUAUAACCGAGUUAAUCCUCAACUUGAAAGCAAUCAUUAUAAUCUGUGAUAGCUGUUUCAGCACAAAUCUUACUUGACAGACGUGCAUUCUAUAAUAGAAGCAUCUGAUCUCAGUAUUUAAUGUGAAAGUUUCUAAUGUUUAGAUUCAGUUUAGAUUAACAAGAGCAGGCCCGAUACUUGUUUGAUGGCAGAAAAGUAUGACUUGCAAAUAAGGUUUGCUGAGACAUUACAUCGAGUGAAGGAACUCUUGUAGCUAGUAAUGUGAGGACCACAAAACACAUUCAAGUGUUGUAUUGUACAUGUGAUAUGCUAGUCAUUGGGAAGAAAAUGUUUUUACAUCUCACAGUGGUAAUCCAGGUAAUGCUUGGGCACUUGGAGGUUUGCGAUCCCCUUUACCAUCAUGCCAUUGAACAGAUGUCUGUGCCUGGUCUCUAACUGCUAACCGACUGGCAAUCAGGAUCAAGAAACUCCUGCCAGUUGGAAAAAACAAAACAAAACAAAAAGACCAACUCUGACUCUUGAGUCUCACUGUUAAUUUAUUCAUGUGUUCAUCUGAUGCUGCAGCUAUUUAUUGUAUGUAUUUAUUUAUUGGGUGGCUAAAUAUUACCAUCUGUGCACUUGCAUAGUUUGGCCUACAGUUUUUAGGGUUAUUAGAAAGACAUUGUUGACAUUUCACAUUUUCUUACUAUCAUGUGAAACAAAAACUAUUGGACUACUGUGCCUUCAACCAAAUAGGAUGUGUUCAGAUACAAAAAAAAAAUCAUUUGGUGCUCACAAACCGGAUUAAGAUUGUUGGCAACUCACAAAAACAGUGUGCGCUUGAUCUUGAAUGCAUACAUGUGUUCUUCAUCAUCUUACAUUUUUAAGAAUACACGCAGCACCAAAGCAGAAAGAAAAGCUACCUACUGCUUAAAAAAACAGUGUCCAGGUCUAGCAUUCAAACUGCUCACAUGUCCAGCCAACACACACGCACAGCAACAACAGUGAAUAUUUUGUCAUGUUGGAAUGAGAGCUUGCUUCCUUUGAAGCUUUUAUUCCAGGUGUUGUCCGUGGAGGAACAGACUGAGCUGCACUUAAUAAUGGUGCUCUUGAAAACUUGAAAAAACAAAACAAAGGAAACAUAAAUGCUAGGGAGGAAGUCUUUUUUUUUUUUUUUGCACCACCCUCCACCGCUGCUACCAGCUCCAACUUUUGGAUCAUAGAAAAUCGUCAAAAUAUUUACAAUUUUCGGAGGAUAUAAGUAUUGGAAAGGUUUAUCAAUGGGAUUGCAUUUACCUGCAACAUAUAUUGUAAAUAUAUAAAAUAUGA